AUGCAUCGAAUAUCGUCUUUCUUACUGUUUCUGAGCUAUGCUUCUGCAGCCAAAGUCGACGACAGUGUGCAUUAUUUCGUCACAUUCGAUACUGCCGAGAAUGGGCUUGCAGGUGGUCAAUUGUUAGAGGAAGAAAACGAGAAAGCGCUCAAGGACGAUAAUUCAUUGCGGAUAUCCACACAAAAUAAUGAGAACUAUAUCUGCAAGCUGCCAAAACCAACAACUACAGAAUACAAAUAUCGGUCCGGAAAAGCCUGCCCUGCCGACCAUGAGCAUAUGAAGCGAGUAGAAAAACUAUUAUGCAGAUGCAGGCGAGCAGUUGAAAAAAGGAAAAGACUUGAAGGCUUGCUGCCAAAGAAGAACGUGGAGGUCCGACUGCGUUGUAAAACAGCUGAUCAUAGUUCGUUAGCCAUAUCAUUAUCACUAGCUGAGCCAAAUUUAUGUCAAUACAUACUCACACUGGAAAGCGAGAGGUUUUGUGAACCACUUCAAUAUGCGGAUGAUUAUGGUUUGAUCGCAUUGGAAACGGAAGACGAAUCAACACAAAAGGCACCUGGUCCUAUAUAG